AUGUCCUUCCAGCAUCACCCAACAUCGUUAUCAAUGCCCGCUGAACCCGUUCGGCGGAUAUCGAUUACAUACCAGCAGCCUUCGUGUCCAGAAUCGCAGGUCGUAGUCACUGAGGCCCCCAUAACUCCUCCCCUUUCUCCCAAGUCCAUCGCCACAAAGUCGGGCGCUAUGCCCGUGGAAGAAAUGCCCAUCUGCAGUUCGAAACCUAUUCAAAUACACUCCGAACAGGAGGCGAUGGACGUCGAGUCGGCGCCCGUUCACCAACAUCCGAAUACCAUGCCAGGCGAACAACAAGCCCAGUCCCAAGAUCAGUCUAACGAAUCGCAGAACCGCCCACAACGGUGUCUUGAAGACCAGCGUGUUCGGUUGCAGGGUUCUGGUUUGAAGCUGUCCGAUUUUGAGGUCAGGGGAACACUUGGCACCGGGACGUUUGGGAAGGUACUCUUGGUGCGCCAUAAGACCGCUCGAGACCGACAUGGAGCGCAAAGUCAUUUUGCGAUGAAAGUGCUUCGCAAAACGGUGAUCGUGCAACUGCGACAAGUCGAGCACGUCAAUGCGGAACGAUAUAUCCUCUCGAGGGUGAACCAUCCAUUCAUCGUGGACCUCUUUGCGACCUUCCAGGACAGUCUCAACGUCUAUAUGCUCAUGUCCUAUGUCCCUGGGGGUGAACUUUUCACCCAUCUGCGACGCGCACAGCGGUUCACUCCUGACGUUACCCGAUUCUACCUUGCCACGAUUAUCCUCGCCCUCAAGUACCUCCACUCGUUCAACAUCAUCUACCGCGACUUGAAGCCCGAAAACCUUCUGUUGGAUUCUCGGGGUUAUCUCCGACUCACAGACUUUGGCUUCGCGAAAAUUGUCGACGACCGAACUUGGACUCUGUGUGGCACCCCAGAAUACCUUGCCCCAGAGAUUAUCCAAUCCGACGGUCACGGCAAGGCCGCGGAUUGGUGGGCAUGUGGGGUGUUGUGCUACGAGAUGCUGGUUGGAUAUCCGCCCUUCUUCGACGAAUCUCCGUACGGCAUUUACGAAAAGAUUCUGAACGGCCAAAUCCACUGGCCGCGGCACAUUGAUCGUCUUUCAAAAGACUUGAUCAAGUCGUUCCUCAACCCAGAUCGCACCAAGCGACUGGGUAACAUGCUGGGAGGCCCCCAGGAUAUCCUUGACCAUCCCUGGUUUAGAGGUGUUGAUUGGGAUGCAUUGGAAAGGCGUGAAAUCAACGCUCCCAUUAUCCCAAGGACGACAUCGGUCGACGAUACCCGCCACUUCUUGCAUCUCCCUCCUCCUACCGCUGAGGAAAUCCCCGGCCUUGUUGGGCAAGAUCUCCCUCAGCCACGCUUUGACCCGAUCAAUUACCACUUCCUCGAGUUUUAA